AUGGAAGACAAGUCUGGGACGCGAAGCACUGCGUUUCUCAUCGCAAAGACAACACUCGUUCCUCUAAAGGCGCAGACGAUACCUCGACUUGAGCUGAUAGCUUGUCUCGUCGGAGGAAGGUUGUCCGCGUACCUGAAAGCAACGUUUGAAGCAUGUCCCACGCAAAUUCAUUUCUGGACGGACUCAAAGAUUGCGCUCUGUUGGAUACAAGGGGACGCCAACCGCUGGAAGCAGUUCGUUCAAAACAGAGUGAGGGAAAUUCGAGAAAUCACAAACUCCGCGGAAUGGAGAUACUGCAACACAAAGGAUAACCCGGCGGAUAUGCUGACCAGAGGCAUCACUGCAGACAAAUUGAUUGAUAGCCAGCGGUGGUGGACGGGACCAAACUGGAUUUCGUGCGACCAACGCCAAUGGCCUACGUCGUGCAUGGACAGUGAAAAUUUCGGGAAGGUAGAGCUGAAAGAAAAGGUCUCACGAGACGUGAUUCAGAUGCUAACCGCAACAGUUGGGAAAAUCGUCGACAUGAAGAGGUACAGCCCAGCAAAGAAGCUACAUCAUGUGAUAGCCUGGGUCUUGCGAUUCGUAGCCAAGCUGAAAAACGGAGUGAGGAAGGUGAACCUGUUAGCUCACAAGAGGUACGAGAAGCCGAAAAUUAUUGUCCUGAAGAUCGUGCAGCAGAACGCGUUUCAUGCAGAAAUACCAGUGGUUCAGAGUCAAAGACCGUCGCCUGCGAAAUCGCCCCUACAAGGGUACAGUCUGUUUUUGGACGGCGAAGGGAUCCUCAGGAUGACUGGCAGACUACAAGAAAGCGACCUACCCUUCGCUCAAAAGCGUCCUAUUGUGCUACCAAAGCAGGACCCCUACUCUGAAUCUAUCAUCAGAAACUGCCAUUUGGAUGUGUUACACGGCGGUAUGCGAGAUACCCUAGUACAAGUGCGAGAGAAGUACUGGAUAGUACGUGCUAGGCAAGCUGUCAAGAAGAUUAGUUGCGUCGUAUGUCAACGCUACAAUGCGCAGGCUUCAAGACAAACCCCAGCGCCGCUGCCAGCGUCAAGGGUAUCGCAGUCAGAGCCGUUUACACUUACUGGACUUGACUUCGCAGGACCACUGAUUGUGAGGACGAGCCUAUCAACGAGGCAGAUGUACUUCGUGAUAUUCGUAUGCGCAACAAUGAGGCCGGUACACCUGGAAGUAGUGCAGGAUAUGGCCACGCCAACAUUUUUGCUGGCUUUCCGAAGAUUUGUUGCACGACGUGGAAUACCGAGCAAGGUGUACAGCGACAAUGCGUAUACUUUCCCAAAGAGCAACAAAGAGUUGAAGAAAUUGUGGAAAACUAUAACUGCAGAUGGUGUCGAGGAGAAGAUCACUGACUGGGCAAUUGAUUGGCGAUACAAUGUUCCGUACGCUCCCUGGUGGGGCGGAUUUUAUGAGCGACUCAUCAGAUCCGUCAAGGUGGCAUUGAAAAAGACCAUCGGCGCAAGGUGCCUGAACGAGACAGAGCUCACCACUAUCGUUACCGAGAUAGAAGCUGUCAUAAACUCGCGGCCCCUCACUUUUGUUUAUGACGAUCAAGAGAUCCGCCCACUGUUUCCUGCAGCGUUCCUUACGGGAAAGAGACUAACGAUACUACCAGCUUCUAACACAGGCGACAUGCCGGAAAGCUCAGCCGACACCAUACAACGUUGCUGGAGGCAACGAGCGGAAAGCUUACGUACUGUCUGGGGGAAAUGGUCACGGGAGUACCUUACAGAACUGAGGAAUCUUUGGAGCAAACGUCGUGGUAGAGCAUUACAAGAGGGCGACUUGGUCAUCGUACGCGAAGACUGCAGGCCGAGGCAAAGGUGGACAACAGGAAGGAUUUCGCGAUGCCUGCCAGGAAGGGACCAGAAAUCACGGGCAUUCGAAGUUAAGCUGCCCAACGGGUCAACUAUCGUCCGAUGUGACGAACUUUUGUAUAAACUUGAAGUGUGA